CAGUUAUCCAUAAAGCAGUGACACAGCUUUUCUAUCUUCUGUAGUCAAAGCAGCAGCAGAAAGAAAAGCUUUGUACUUUCAAAUGAACGGAAGCCACCCUUUUAAUAGAGCCAAAAUGGCUAUGCAAACCUCUUCUUAUAAGCUUUGGUCAUUAAAGAGUUGCUCAUCCCUCAGGGAAACCACUUCAGUUAGCCUGUUAAAUUUAAGGAGCAGCUCUUCUGCUAGAGUUUUCUCUCUUAUGAACAUGAACCGCUACUCUACCUACUCCAAUGAUGAUUCUUUUCCCUCCACGAAGAGGAGGUCUCGCGGACCGAUAAUGGCAGCCAAGAAAAGGUCUGAAGGGGCUAAGCAGGAAGAUGGGAAAUACAAAGAUACAGUUGAUCUGCCAAAGACUGCCUUUGGCUUGCGAGCAAAUUCCACUGUCAGGGAACCUGAACUUCAGAAAAUAUGGGAUGACAACCAGGUUUUUAAAAGAGUUGUUGAGAGGAACAGUGGGGGCACCUUUGUUCUGCAUGAUGGACCUCCUUAUGCUAAUGGUGACUUACACAUGGGACAUGCUUUAAAUAAGAUCUUGAAGGACAUUAUUAAUCGUUAUAAGCUUCUUCAAAACUUCAAAGUUCAGUAUGUUCCCGGUUGGGAUUGCCAUGGCUUACCAAUUGAGUUAAAAGUGUUACAGUCACUAGAUGCUGAUGCCAGAAAGGAGCUUACACCGCUAAAAUUGCGAAACAAGGCGGCCAAAUUUGCAAAAUCAACAGUGCAGAGUCAGAUGGCAUCAUUUAAGCGUUAUGGAGUAUGGGCUGACUGGGAUCAACACUAUCUAACUCUUCAUCCAGAAUAUGAGGCUGCUCAGAUUGAAGUAUUUGGCCAGAUGGCUAUUCAAGGUUUUAUCUACAGAGGCAGGAAACCAGUUCAUUGGAGUCCCUCAUCUCGAACUGCACUUGCAGAGGCUGAACUGGAGUAUAAUGAGGAUCAUGUGUCAAAGAGCAUGUAUGCUAUUUUCAGACUAGUUGAUGUACCAGCUUCGUGUGACUCAUUGAAAGAAUUCUUGCCCAAUCUAUGCUUGGCAAUUUGGACGACGACUCCUUGGACAAUACCAGCUAAUGCUGCUGUUGCAGUAAAUGGUAAGCUUCAGUAUGCCGUCGUUGAAGUUUGCUCAGCAUCGACAGACGAUUCUACAUCUCCCGGGGAUGGAAAGAAGAGGCUUGGAAAUUUCUUGAAGGGCGAUAAAAGCCUAUAUCUUAUUGUAGCUCUGGACCUUGUAUCAGCAUUAGAAGCAAAAUGGGGCUUGAAGCUUGCCUUGAAGAAAACAGUACUGGGUUCGGAUCUUGAAAAUUGCAGGUACACCCAUCCUAUAGAUAGCCGGGAAUGCCCUGUUGUCAUUGGGGGUGAUUACAUUACAACAGAGUCAGGAACUGGAUUAGUUCAUACCGCACCUGGUCAUGGACAGGAAGAUUAUGUAACCGGCUUGAAAUACGGCUUGCCUAUAGUUUCCCCUGUUGACGAUGUUGGGAAAUUUACGGAAGAAGCUGGACAAUUUAGGGGGCUCGAUGUGCUUGGCAAUGGCAAUGUUGCUGUUAUUGAUUACUUGGAUGAACAGCUGUCACUGGUCAUGGUAGAGCCAUACAAACACAAAUACCCUUAUGAUUGGAGAACAAAGAAGCCCACAAUAUUCAGGGCUACUGAACAAUGGUUUGCAUCAGUAGAAGGAUUUCGUGAUGCUGCAAUGGAUGCAAUCAACCAAGUAACUUGGACUCCUACUCAGGCAGUAAACCGUAUUUCUGCUAUGACAUCUGGCCGCUCGGAUUGGUGUAUAUCACGCCAAAGGACAUGGGGAGUCCCCAUUCCAGUCUUUUACCACGUUGAAUCAAAGGAGCCACUGAUGAAUGAAGAAACUGUAGAUCAUAUCAAAUCUAUAAUUUCGCAAAAAGGAAGCGAUGCAUGGUGGUACAUGUCAGUGGAGGAAUUACUUCCUGAGAAAUAUCGUGAUAAAGCAUCACACUAUGAAAAAGGGACUGAUACAAUGGAUGUUUGGUUUGACUCAGGUUCUUCAUGGGCUGCGGUGCUGGACAAAAGAGAAAGCCUUAAUUACCCUGCAGAUUUAUACCUUGAGGGUACAGAUCAACAUCGUGGUUGGUUCCAGAGUUCCUUGCUAACUAGUAUUGCUACUAAAGGCAUGGCCCCUUAUCGUGGUGUUAUUACACAUGGAUUUGUACUGGAUGAAAGGGGGUUGAAAAUGAGCAAAUCUUUGGGCAAUGUUGUUGAUCCAAGGAUGGUGAUUGAAGGAGGGAAAAACCAAAAGGAAAGUCCUCCAUAUAGUGCUGAUGUUUUAAGGCUUUGGGUUUCAAGUGUAGAUUAUACUGGUGACGUGUUGAUUGGACCUCAAGUCCUUCGUCAAAUGUCUGACAUAUACCGGAAGUUGCGAGGAACACUUCGAUUCCUUCUAGCAAAUCUCCAUGAUUGGAAAGCUGAUUGUGCAGUCCCGUAUAGUGAUCUUCCUAUGAUUGAUCAAUAUGCAUUAUUCCAGCUUGCUAAUGUUGUGAACAACAUCAGAGAGAGCUAUGAAGGUUAUCAGUUUUUCAAAAUAUUUCAGGUGAUUCAGCGCUUUGUGAUAGUUGACCUCUCAAACUUCUAUCUCGAUGUUGCGAAGGAUCGGCUUUAUGUUGGGGGCAGUACAAGUUUUACAAGGAGGAGUUGUCAAACAGUCCUUGAAGCCCAUUUGCUUUCAAUCGGAAGGAUAAUUGCUCCCAUCUUACCUCAUUUGGCUGAGGAUGUCUGGCAGCAUCUUCCUUUCCAGCAUACCACCGAAGAUGGGCAUGUUGCCAAAUUCGUUUUCGAGUCAAGAUGGCCUGAACUAGAUGCAGAACACCUUUCCUUUCCAGAGGAAGAAGUUGAUUUUUGGGGAAAAAUACUUGAGCUAAGGACGGAAGUUAACAAAGCAUUGGAAGUAGCUCGAAAUGGAAAAUUGAUCGGCUCCAGCUUAGAGGCCAAGGUGUAUCUCUACUGUUCUAAUGAAAGCCUGGCUGAGAGACUAAACAAAAUGUGCAAACCUACAAAUGAUGCAGAUGCUCUAAAUCGCGUAUUUAUAACAUCUCAGGUGGAGAUUCUCAACUCCUUGGAAGAUGAAAGAACUAAAGAUGUUCAGUACAAUGGAGAGUACCUCAUCGAAGAAGGGAACACAAUCUGGAUUGGCGUAUCCCGUGCAGAUGGCUCAAAAUGCGACAGAUGCUGGAAUUAUUCACCUCAAGUAGGUUCAUUUACUGAGCAUCCUUUGCUAUGUGGCCGCUGUCACAACGUGGUUAUUGGUCUACCAAUUCGUGAUCCUGAAGAUUUAGCCAAGGUCACACAGAGUGAAGCAAAAGAGGCUAUAGCACAAUGAAGUUAAUCGGUCCAAAAAUCUGGAGGUUUACAACUACUACAAGCUUCACAUCCAACUGUAAUUUUUGUCUCCAAUUGAAUCUUCAAAAAGUUUUAGUUUCUUUACCAAAUGAGGCAUCAGCCCUUCUAAUGUAAUUCAUUGAAAUAGAGAAAGAAAAACACAAAUGAACUAUUUUCUUUUUCAAGUUAGGAUAGUAUUUUUGUACAUGCAUUAAUGAAUAGAUGGAUAACUGGCAUUGGUGAUUUUUUUUGUAAAGGAUCUGAUUCAGACCCUGUUUGCUGAUCCAACAAUAAAUUAUAUUUUUAUACA